AUGGAUCCGUUAGAGCAAUCGCGUGUUUUUCUGGAUUGCUUCAAAACUAACGUAAAACCAGACGAUCCACUUCCCGUCCGGGCGCCGAUUUACAACCUGAUGCCGGACGAAAUCGAGCCCGCAAUCAUCGAUUGUAGCAGAACGUAUCUGGAUCAAUUUGGAUGUCCGCAAUGCAUCCUUACGCCGAUAAUUCGCAAGGUUGUGGAGGCAGUGUUGAGCACCUGCAAGGAAAACCCCGCGUCAUGUGGAUUCAAAGGUUACAAUUACAACAUUUUGUCGCUGAACCAUGAAGUGAUUUCACGCGUAAACCAAAUCUGCACCGAGCUGCUGGACAAUGAGAAACUUAACAAUUUGCUCGUUCAGCUGUCCCCGGGCCCGGGUGAGGAUCAACCGGACACGGCGAGCGCGGUCAGCAUCGGAAGAAAGAUGCAUUACUCGCGAGGAGUGAAACACCGACGCCGCACAAUGGAGGAUCGGCACGUGUGCUUGCCCGACUUCAACAAGCUAUUCUCCGUCGAGGAUACGGAACCGACCGCUUUCUAUGGGGUGUACGAUGGACACGGCGGACAGGAGGCGGCAAGCUACGCAGCCUCGCAUCUGCAUUACUUUCUUGCACAAAGCGAAAACUAUCCAAAAAGGCUUGAUGUGGCGCUUCAGCAAGCAUUCGCUAAAACGGAACAAAUGUUUUUGCAAAAAUGUUGUAACCACUUCCUUACCAGUGGAUCGACGGCAGUUACGUGUGUUCAUCGCUUAGCUUCCAAGAAGCUCUAUAUUGGUUGGGUCGGCGAUUCGCAAGCAAUGCUAGUGCAGCGGAAACUGAAACCAAGCAUUUUCAAGCAGAUUGUGCAUCCCACACACGUUGCCUCAGACCCGCAUGAACGCAAGCGCAUUGCGCUAUGUGGAGGACAUGUUAUUCAUUGGAAUGGGCAGUACCGAGUAAAUGGCCAGCUGGCUGUAACAAGGGCUAUCGGCAACCCGCGCUACAAGCCAUUUGUGACAGCAGACCCGUUCGUUUCGGAUAUUCAGCUAACGGAUGACGAUCUCAUACUCGUGAUGGGUAGUGAUGGCUUGUGGGAAGGAUACGAUGAACAUUUCAUUUCCAUGUUUGUGCUGUACGCGAUUCGAAAGUUUCCGGAUAAUCUACAGAAAGUAACUGAUUAUUUAAUUACAUUCGCCAAGCAGAGAACCGGAGACAAUAUAACGGUGAUAAUAGUGUACCUUAAGGAUCCGCAAACCAUCAUCAAGGAGACUCCGUUCAUCGAAGAGAUAGAGGCUGAAGCAAGAAAUCGAUCAAGCCAAAAUAUGGAGUUUAACGGAACCACCAACAACGGGUUGCUGGUGGAGAGCGCCUCGAUUGCGCUGGAAGAUCAGAAAUCGUUCGACGAUAUACAAAAUUUUAUGGUAGAAAGUAUGUUGAAGGCACCAAAGUCUGAAUCCAUGCUUUGCGUCGGUCCAGUGGACGACUUCGUAGAACGUGGCCUCUUACCAGAGACAAACGUUGAUGAGAUGCCCGACUCUGACCUUGAGGCAGACGGUGUGGAAAGCCCUGAACCUACCAUAGAAAAUCACAACCCAUUCGGGAUGCCAGAGCAUGUCCCGCUGGAUCCGCCAACCAAUUUGCCAGACGCGAUCUCUAACGACUUCGAGGAAGAGGAUCCUACCUCACCAUCCAGUGUGAGUGCCGAGCCAGUUGAUCUGUCCGAGGAACAACCGAUGCAAGCAGCAGUACCACACGUAAACGGUAACGGCGAGCAUCAUUACGAUGAGUCGGUGGAAACAGAUGAGUUGCUUGAACCGAUCGAAACGAGGGAGUCAGAAACUGUGCCGGUUCAAAAGGCAGAUUUGAAUGCGGACGAAACCGUUUCACUCAAACCAUUAGACGAACCGAUCGUUAACGAUUUGCUUGGGAGUGAAUCGAUCGUCGAUAACAAGCUGAUUGAUCAGCUUGAUUCAUUCGGUAUUUCGGAUGCGAUCCGGCGACAGCUGAUCGAGCAGCAGGUCUCCGGGGCGGCAAUGCAUCACGAACAGGACGAAGAAGAUGAUGAUGGGCAGAUAGUCGAGCAAGAGAAGCAGUCGGACUUCCAAGACGACGACGGGGCCGAGAAAGUGGAUCUGCAUCAUGAGAAACCUUACGAUGGUGAUUAUGUCAACGAUCAUAGUGCAGACGUCAAACAGGAUGAUGAUGCCGGUUGCUGCGAAGAUUCAGAAGAAGACGAGUGGGACUACGUGAAGGUGAACCAGCAGCAGCAGCAGCAACAGCAACAACAGCAACAACAGCUACAGGAACAAGAACCGCAGCUAGAAUCGAAUGAAAAACAGCCGGUAGAAAGUGAACCUGUUGAAGAGAUUACGAAUUCGUGUGACUACAGUUUCGCACCGGAAGAGCCGCGUCAGGAACAAAACUACCAACGAGAGUUGGAACUAGAGCAACACUUCGCCGAGGAGGAACACGAACACGGAGAAGAACCUCAAGAAGUGGUGAACCCGGAGCAAGAGCAAGAGCAGCGCGGCGAGGCGCAUCACGUCGACGAAACGGUUGAACCGAAUACCAGUGUGCCGGUGGCGGAUAUUCUUGGCGACAACACGGAAUCGACUAUGUCGGAGAGCACGAAAGAAGUUGAUGAUGUCAUCAGCAGCAGUGGCGGUGAAUCCAAGGAAGUUGUCAAUUUGCUGAACGAUUUCAAAGAGGACGUUCCACCGCUCACGGGAUUCAGAUACGACGAAAUCCUCCCAUCGGUGCCUUUCGAUCACGGUGUCAGUGCUACCAUGGAAACCAGCAUGUACGGUGGACCGCUUGCCGGCCAACUAGAAUCGCCUAUGUCUCCGGUAGAUAACAUGAAUGAGCAGCAGCAGCAGCAGCAACCGGCGCAGGAACAGCUCCACUACAGUCAGGAUAUGUUCAGCUCCAGCAUGGACAAUACCAUGAGUCCCACCGCUGGUGAAGGUGAAGAACUGAACGAAAAGCAUCUCUUUGAAGCGGAGGAAAAAUCCAUGAAUCUUCACCAGUCGAGUGGUGCAGGCUCCGGUGAUUUUAGCUGGCAUCCAAACCCGGAGGCUAAAGAGUUUGUGCCAGUUACUGGAGCAGGCCCAGGCGGAGAGCUGCAUACCAAGCUGCAUGAAAACGUAAAACUGCGUGACGACGCAAUCGUUUCGCAAAGUCCUCGCAAGGGCACGGUAUCUUCGAUGGAAGAUGUCGACGUACCAGCGGAGAAAGAUUUCCUCAACGAGAUGGAUAAAAGACCGCACGAGUUCGAAUCUUUUGGAGGAGAGGACGGAGACAUGCUUGGUGAUACCAAUGCCGACGGUCAGCAUUCGCCACCGAUGGCGACCCAUCCGUUCGAUCUGAGCCAACUGGACGAACGUACCGUGGUGGAACAGCAAGGAGUCUCGAAUGGGCUAGAGGCGAUGAACGGUGGCUUCACACCAUCAACGGCGGCUCCAGCGGUUGGUCCGUUUGUGGGAGUGAAUGAAACGGUUCCGUCAGCGGAAUCAGAUCUGCUCAACAGAGUGCAGGAUCUGCCUGACAGUGAUAAUGAUGAGAAUCAAGAGGGCCUGCUCAAAGCGGAAGCCAACAGCGCUAAGGAGGAGUUGUAUGUCGAGCAAAAAGAAACCGUCGAUGAGUCGCCGGUCGCCAGUGAGCUUGUGCAAGGAUUAGAAAAUCUUUUGUUGGAAGCACCCUUGCUUGGAUAUCAGGAGAAUCAAUCUGCGCUUGAUAAAAUCCCGAAAACAAUGACUUCGGAUAUAUCCCAGAGUCCGGAAUUUAAAAUGUUGCAAUCAUCCGUCGAACACAUGCUGCCAGCGAAGGAAGCUGCUGGAAGCACAACAGACUACAUGCAGCGACAGGACCUGCAAGAAAACUUGUUUAUGGAGGCAGCUUUUGCUGCUGAUCCGCAGCCGGGUGUUGUGCAAGAGCAGCCUGAACAGAUGUCUGCCGUUGAAAGUAUCCUCGAGCAGGAUUUGAUGGCAAUGUCGAAGCCAGUUUUCGACCAAAUGGAGCCUUCUCAGGUCACAGUUGAAUCCAAGGUUGAAGAACAGCAAUCAGCAGCGGAGGUUGUAGCGGAAGAAGCUAAAGCUGUUAAUAUCGAUCCGGUAGCUGGUGCGGUCGCAGCUGCUACUGCAGUGGCCGCCACAGCAGCCGUAGCGGCGGCUGUAACUGCAACCAGUAAGACAACCAAGCCAAAAGCACCGGCAUCAGCUUCCGCUGCGAAGAAACCGACAGCAUCAAGUGCAACUGCAAAACCAUCGUCAGCCGGUGCUAAGGAAGCCGCUGCAAAGAGUACUACUAGCCGAGUUAGCAGCAGUAGUACAACGGUAGCAGCGCGCAAGCCUCCUGUUACUGUAGCUAAAAAGUCGGCCCCAACAACCACUGCAGCUCCAAAACCGACUACGAACGGAGUAAAAGAAACACGCCCAUCAAGCGCCACAUCCAGCAAACCAACGAUGGCCGCAAAGAAACCGACGACAGAUGGCGCAAAGACUGCUCCCAGCAAGCCAACAACUACUUCAACGUCUGCUGCAGCGGCCACACGACCGAAAGCAACCUCACUCACAUCAUCUAGCACCGUUAAAGCGGCCAGUGCAAGUUCGACUACUAGAACUGCCCCAUCUAAACCGAGCUCGGCUGGUACAACUACGAGUGCAGCAGCAAAAACAACCUCUCGCUUGUCGACAACUAGCACCACGACACGUACUGUUACCUCGCGACCGUCGAGCGCAGUGUCGGGCACAUCAGUUCCUUCGAAAACAGCUACUACCACUUCGACCACUGCGAAGAAACCCGUUGCGGCAAAGAAUACGCUAACUAACGGAACUACAACGACUGAUGGAGCAACUAAAACAACGAAAACGAGCACUUCAACCACGAGCAGCACGACAGUCCCUCGGACGGGAGCAGCAACAAGGCCAACCGGAACCGGAUUGGCUUCGAAAUCCAGCACCAGUACGGCUGCACCCAAAAAGACGCUUGAUGUCAAACAGACCGUCACGAAGACAACCUCCUCGACUGGUACGGUGGGUGCCAAAACGACGACCACAACUCGUACCUCGCUGGCUCCGAAAGCCACCGCGACCUCACCGUCGGUCAGGAAGCUGCAGCAGAACGGUGUAGCAAAGAAAUCCACCACCACUGCCGUCUCUCCGUCAUCCGGCGUAAAGAAGGUAGCAGUGGGAACUAAGCCCCCGCAGUCACCGGUGGUUGAUCCUACUCCCGAAGCACCCGCAACAACAACAACGACGACGACGGCGGCACACUCCGCCGAGACGAACGGAACCAUCAACGAUACGGUGGACGCAGUUCCAGUCUCUGCUCCGCCACAGACCGCUGACCAAUUGCUCGUGCCUAUUCCGCAAGCAAUGUGAUGUCACUAAGGGCCUGCCACAGCUUUUCGAUGGUCGUAGAACCAUAGAACCACUUAUUCCUACUGUUUACUUGUGUUUAAUUUGAGGCACAAUUUAGUAAAAAACAAAUCUCUGGCAUGUAAGUCUGCUACCAAACACGGAACAAACAUCGAUUAUUAUAACAGAAAAACAUCAAAAGCAAACGUAUCGUCUAAGUCCACGCACGUAUAGCGUACAUUAGGAGGGGAAAAAGCAUAAGAGAAACCGAAUGACAAGGAAGCAUAUAAAAGCAUAUGAAUUAGCGUUCCUUCCUCUUCACCACCAUGGUUGAGCACCAUUUUUUCGGUGAACAUCAUUUACAUUCAUAAUAUUCGAGCACAUCAGUUUUAGUAUUGCGCGUGCACACCUGCAUGCAACUACGAAAGGGGUGUGAUUGUCUCGCAGAGAAGCAAAUAAGACGAAAGACAGAGGAGUGAAGGCCAGCAAUAUCGCGCGAAUGUCUACGAAAACGAAGAAUGCUAGAAACUAACGAAAAAAAAAGAAUACAUACAUACACUCACAUGAGACGAAGCGACAUAAUUGCACUGCGCAUCCCAAUUCCUUUUGAUGAUAAUAUUUAGCCACUACUGAUAGCAAAUAGACAUGUAUCUUUCUUAUAUUUUUUUUAUGCCAAGCAUGAUGAUGUAGUUAUGUUAUGUAUUACGUUUCGAAUCUUGUAUUCCCGCCACGGGAGCGCCUUUUUCGGUAUAGCAAACACUAGCAAGCACCGAGCAUAUGCGAUUGCGCAACGCCGCGUACAUUAUUAUACAACAUAUAUGAAGUAUGUCGUUUUUGGAGCUGAGAAUGAUGCGAAAAUGUCAAUGUUGUGUGGUGGCAGCAGGAAAAAAAGGAGGGCUUGCGCAAUACCAAAAAAAAACAUGAAAUGUGCAGGAUAUGACAUGCAGGAGUUAGAGAGAGAGAGAUAGGAAGAGAGAAGAUGCAGCCUGAUGGGAGCACCUUCGUCUAUGAUAAUGCAAUCGUUUCACCCGCUAUCGCUUUGCCUAGUAUCUACUAUUGCCUUCGAGAAUCCCGGUUUACUAUUGUGGGAUGUGUUUUUUUCUUUGUUCAUUUGUUUGUUUUAGUUUACUAAACUUCCGACUUUGCGUCGCAAUUAUCCCUUCGCCCCUCCCCCCUUUUAUUCCUUCAAUAGAAUCUAUUUUCCCUCUGUUUUUUUUUACGUUUUAGUUUCGUCAGUUUUCGUUUUAAACCAUUCACUUUUUCGUUUAGUUCAUCCAAAACGUUGCCCCCACGUACGCCUUUAGAAUGUGUUUGCUUGUGCGUCACUAUUCCCUUUGCUCUUGCUUGAUAUGUCCUUAUUAAUAUAUGGUUAGGCAACGAGGGAGUCAAAAACAAAAACGUUUGAGGAAGCGCAUGUGUAGGAGAAUUGAAGGAGAGAGACGCGCACGCUCUAGGCAGCUGCCGGCAGAGAAACCGUGAAAUAAUCGCAUAUUUUAACCCAGCAAAUUCCCAUAGCGUAGUAGCGUUGAGAGUAGGUAAUUAUCCCGUUUAUCAUAGCCGUAUUAGCUGUCUUGAAUAAAGAGAAGGAAGACAUAAAAAGCAAGCAAACAUUAAAAGAAAAAAAAAACCUCACACACCUAGAAAGUCACAUGCCGCUAUCACGCAUGCUAUCGUUUACUGUGCGAAAUUCCUAUACUUAAAACGCU